AUGCAGGAUGCACCUCCCCAGGAAGUGACGAUCGUGGGAGACGACUGGGAGGCCGACCAAAGGCUGUCCCUUGUGCUUUCCUCGGUCUUCACCUGGCAGGACUGGGAGAUGGGGGGCCCUGACAAGGAUGCUCGCUUCAACGACGUCUUCGAGGCGGGAAGGAAAAAUGGCCGGAAGCCGCUUGAUGGAAGCGUGGAGUUGGACCCGGAUGGUGUCGUCAGCUACUGGAAGAAGGACAAAGAGGUGCCUGACCUCGGCAGCUCCUACUUCCUGACCGGCACUUUCAAUGACUGGAGAUACGAUGAGAUGGAGGCUGAUCUCAACGUGCCUGGCCUGUACUUCGCUACGGUUCGGAUCACCGCCAAUGUCGAAGAGGAGUUCCAAGUCGUCGCAGGUCAGGAUCCCAAGAUGACCUUCCAUCCCUCGUCUAGGACUGCUCUCAAGUCCGCAGCUGUGCGCGGGCCAGAGGAGACCAAAAGGGACAACUGCUGGUGCGUAAGAGGCGCAAAGGGAGAGAGGUAUCGCGUUGAGUUCUACAGAUCUGAAGCGGGUGCUGCCACCGUUUCGUGGCUGAAAGAGACAUAG